AUGCCCACGCCUCGAGGAAGCCAACACCAUCACCACCAACGAGAGAGUCAACAAAUAGUGGGCUCAUCACCAUCCGGAAUAACGACACCGUUUAGUGUGAAUCAGCCCAUUCAUAUUAGUCCUGCAACACCAUCUUCACUUCAAAGAAAUCAUCAAAAUAUGAAUAAUUCGGGUAUGAAUAACAAUUCAUCUUCAUCAUAUGCAAGUGAUAGUAAUAAUAAUAAUCAUCAUGGAGGUAAGAAGAGCCCUGGAUUGCUUCAACAUCUCCAUAAUUUGAUGAGUGGAACUAUUGAAAAUAUGGAUUCAUCAUCUUCAUUGAAUUUACCGUCUGUAUCCCCAAUUUUAAAACCUCAAAUUUCACCAAUACUUAAUCCAGCAGCAACAUCACCUCUUUUAAGAUCAAUAUCUCCAAGUAUUCCCAUAAAAGUACCAUUCUCUAUUAAUGAUAUGUUGGUUGAGGAAGAUGAAUGUGGAUCUCAUGAUACUGAUGAUUCUGAUGAUUUGACUUACAAUGAAAUUCAAAGUAUUAAUUAUCCAAUGGGUAUGAAAAGUGGUGCAUAUGGAUACAGUUCUCAAUAUUUGUGUUCCCCACCUAAUCAUCACCAUAUUAUUCAUGCCACACCAAGAAUUCUUUCACCUCCUCGAUCACCUCCACCAAUUAUUGAUUCAGAUAGAACUGAUAAUUCUUGUAAUAAUAAUAAUACUAGUAACAAUAGUAGCAAUAAUAGUGCCACAUCAAUGCACCCACCACUUCCAUCAUUCAAGUCAACCUCAAAUCAACCCUUUCGACUUUCUGGUAGAAAUGCUUCUCUUAUCAAUAAGCGAGGAUCCCAACUAAAUACAGUAGGACAUCAAAGAAGUUCCUCACUCGAUGUUGGUUCUGUGAUGGAUCAUCACCAGAGUUUUCGAAACAAUCACCUUCCUAUCCACUCAAAUAACUCAUUCAUCCCUAAUCCAACCAAAAAUAAUUCUCAAAUGCCAGAAACACCAAAUUGUAUUUUAGAAACAUCCCAACUACUGAGACCUAAUAGCAGUGAGAAGGUAACACAUCAUUCUCCUCAUUCCGAUUAUGAUUAUUCAACAGAUGAUACAUCAAGCCCAACAUCAUCAACUUCUUCUACUCCAAGAUCUUCAGCUUCAUCAUCACAGAAAAAGAGACCCAAUCUCAGGAUUGAUACCAAGUCGAAUGGAAAAACAAUACCUCUUCAACCAAUCACAACCUCUUCUCCUAAAGUUUCACCAAGAAAUGAACAAAUUACACCACAGAAAAACAUAAUCAAUUUGGAACAAGUUGAUGCAUAUAUCAAGAAUAAUUCAUCACAGAAAAAUAGUAGCGCUAAAAAGACAUUUCCGAGUGUUUUUAAAAAUGAUUUUGAUGAUGAUGAUUAUGCCAUGUUAGCAGAUUAUCCAGUUAGGAGUCGAUCUGUUUCUCCUCCUUCAACGAGAAGAAGCAGUUUCAGCUUUAAAAAAACACCAACCAAUUCGGAAAAAUCAGACAAUCAUCAAACACCUCUGACAACAACAAAGGAUGAUGACUUGGAUUCAAAUUAUACAACGCCACCUAAUAGGAAAAGUUUUUCUAAUGAGGAUGGAGAAUUUAGUAGUGAAGAACGAUACGUGACUCCACCUUCAUCUGGUGAUCAUAAAAUGGAGCCACAGACGGAAGUUAAAGGUUAUAGAAUUCGUGGAUAUGUUCCUACUUUUCAAGAUUUACCAUCUCCAAUGGGAUCUUUAAUGAUGAAAUGUCAAACACCUGUAGUUUUUAAAAGCAAAAUGCAUGCAGAAACCUUCUCAGCGUCUUACAGUCAUAUGAAAUAUUAUGCUAGAAGAAAGAAAAAGUAUUUAAUGAUGGCAGUGGAAAAGGAAUCAUCAAUUAUGGAGGACGAAUUUAACUCUUUACGAGAAGAUUUUAUUGAAGGAAAUAAUAUUAUGAAGAGAACAAAGAAAUUGGAUGAAAUGUCAUUUUCAGAAAUGAUUCAUACCGAGCAAUUCGACAAGAAUCCUUAUAGUUCCGAGGAAGAAACUGAAACAGUAAAUCCUAAUCAAAUGUUCUUUUUAGGAAAAAGAACAGAUGAGAAGAUUGCUAGGUUCCUUUGGAGAAAAAUGAUAGUAUCUAUUGAACAAUUACAUACCGAUUUAAAGGCCUUUAUUCAUGAACUGGAAGAGGCUGCUGAAAAUCAUGAACCAAUAAUGAGUGAUGAUUGGCACGUAGCAGAAAUGAAACGAUUGGCUCAUCAAAUUAUUGAAGCAGAGGUUUCUAAACUUAUUCAACAGGUUUAUAUGAAAGAGCUCAAUGACAUGUUGUCUCAAUUGAGAGGAAGGAAGGAAGAAUCUAUUAUUGAAUCUAUUCAAACAAGCUUUAUUAUGAAAGAAUUGAAAAAGCUCAUAUUUAUUUAUAGUAGAGUGAACAGAAUUAUUGCAGUUUACAAUAGAAUUCCAGAAAAGCUCAAAGUGCUUAGCAUUGAUGGAAGAAAGAGAAGCGCAAGUGAGGCAAGAACAAAGGGAGGUAUACCUAGAGUGAAUACACCACCAGUUGGAUUGAAUCAAUUUUCCAAGCUAUCUUUCCUCGAGUCAACUCUGACUAAAAAGUCAGGCUCCUCCUCAGAUUUGAUUCGUGAAUCUACAGUUACAGAUAAGCAAAAUUUGAAAAUUAACAAACUCCUUAAAAAGUGGGCUGAGGAAAGUACAACUGUCAUUACUCCUCGAUCUGACCAAAGUAGCAUUAGUACACCCUCAGAUUCUGUUGUUACAAUUGAUUCUACUCCUCAAUCACCUCAAGAUACUUUAUUCUGUAGAAUUUGUGAAAAGGCUAUUGAGGUUAGUAACUUUACAGCUCACACACAAACUUGUGCAAAGUCUCACGAAAUGAACAUGAGAAGAAUUAGUUGUGAUCAAAAGUUUAAACAACUUCUUCAUGAGAUUAGAAAGAGAAGAAGAGAGGAGACAUUUGGAGAAUUGUAUUCAUACAUCAAGGAAUCUUAUCACUCCAAAACAAAAGCCGACUUACAGCAUGCAAUAGAUCACUUAAAGUCUCUCAAAGAAAAAUUAUCUCUCAAAGAUGAACUAAAGGGUUACCAAAGCACGGAGACACAAACAGUCAUCUCCUCUAUUGAACUUGCUGAAGAGAAAAUCAAAACACUUCACGAAUAUACUGAAGACUUUAAGAAGGUUUCAAUUUUGGAUUUCACUCUAAUCAAACCAAUCUCUAAAGGUGCCUAUGGAAAGGUUUACCUUGCUAGGAAAACUUCAACACCAGACAUUUAUGCAAUCAAGGUCAUUGAGAAACAAUACAUUUUCAACCACAAGAACAUUGCCUAUUUGAAGAAUAAGGAUAAGAUUCUCUCCGAACGUGCUGUCCUGCAACAAUUGAUGAGAAGUAAUCAUGACUCCAAGUGCAUUGUCAAUUUUUAUUACUCAUUUGCUGGUAAGAAAUACUUCUUCAUUGUUAUGGAGUAUUGUUCUGGAGGAAGUUUGGAUUGCCUACUUGAAGAUCAGAUUAACAAACAUCAGGCAGCAUUUGAUAUUGAUAAGGUUAGAAAGAUUGUUGCUGAAAUUGUAUUGGCUCUCUUGGAAUUACAUGCUGCCAAGAUUGUUCAUCGUGAUUUGAAACCUGACAAUAUGCUUGUAGAUAGCAUGGGAAGAUUGAAACUUACUGAUUUUGGUUUAAGUGAAAUUGGUAUUAUGGACAGAGAAGAAAAGGCAGUAACCAGUAGCAAACCAAGAACUCCUAAUCCAUCAUCUCCACCUCAUCCUGCCAGUUUUGUUACCAGUCCUAAUGCAAGCAUUGAAAGCGAGUCAGAUUCAGAUGAUAUGGUUCAGGUCCCUGGAACUCCAGAUUACAUUGCACCUGAAAUUUUAUUUGGUGAAGAACAUAGCUAUGCUGUCGACUAUUGGUCUUUGGGAUGUAUCACAUAUGAGCUAUUGUUUGGUGUUCCUCCUUUCAAUGCUGACACUGUCGAGGACAUUUUCAAUAAUAUCCUGUCAGGUAGUUACGAAUGGCCAGAAGAAUUGCCAGAAGAGUUCCAAACUUCAGGUGUUGAAGACUUUGUCAAGAAACUACUUGAUCAAAACCCAAAAACCAGAUUAGGAGGAGAAAUCAUUAAGGAACACCCAUUUUUAAAGCCUAUCGAUUGGGACACUCUAUUACAAGAACAAUUGUUCACACCUGUUGGCGAGCCUGAGGAUACUUCAAGAUUUUCACCAAGAAAGAACAAUUACCCAGUCACUCCAACCACAAGUGGUAUAAUGAGCCCAUUCGACGGAGCAACAAGCUUUAACAGUGAUGGCAGCUCAUUGGGAUCACCAAGUCCAGUACGUCCUGGUCCAUUCUCUCACAACAGUUUAAUAAUGAGUCCUAUUGGUCAUUCUCUUACCAACUUUCAACAGCUAUCAACAUCUAUUGAUUUUUCAUUCAGCUCAUCAACUCAAGCUCUCAAAGAGUUGAACAUUAAGGAAUACAAUGAAUAUCUCAGAAAGUCUUUGAAUAAUUCGGCCAGAAGUUCUAUAAGUACAGGCAGUGUAAAAAGAUCUUUAAAUUUUUCAAAUAUGUAA